AUGUUCUCUUCUCCAUCGCCGAUAGCGCCUGAGUACAAGGAUCGAGGAUCCACAGUCACCGAUGGGUGUGUCCAGCGCGGAGACCGUGUUCGACUGCCGAACUCAAAGAAUGCGGCAUGGGACGGAGAGCGUGUUGCCUCUGAGUAUGACCAUGCUCAUGGCUCCAAGGCUCCUGGCCUGCCCUUUGCGUUCUAUGUGAUACCGUGGUCUGGUGAUGAUGGCUUCCUCGCUGGGCAAUCGGAAUCAUCUCAAUCGCAGACGUGCCUCGAUUUGAAACGAUUCCGUCAUUGCCAGCAUGAGUACAACAACGCGUCGAGCCGGUCGGCUGCCCUCUAG